AUGGGGCGGGCUGUUAGAUUGACUUUGAGGUUUUUCCGCUCCCUUGAGUUUUUUAAUAAUUGGGCAAUUCUUACAAAUGUGUCCCUCUUUUCUGUAGAGAAAACAAGCAUUCAACCCGCCAAGGACUUCAAUAGGAAAGCACAAGAGAUUUUUAGGAUUGUUUAUCCUUGUGCUGCCUGUAAGAUUCAACGAAGAAAGUGUGGAGAUAAUUGCCCACUUGCUCCCUAUUUCCCACCAAAUGAUCCGCACAAGUUUUUACUAGUGAACAAAUUAUUUGGAUCAAGCAGGAUUCUCAAAAUCAUUCAGGAUAUUCCGGGUGAGAAAAGAGCAGAUGCAGUAAACAGCAUGGUAUACGAAGCAAGUGCGCGAGUGGUUGAUCCAAUCUACGGCUGCACUGGUGCAAUUUGUCGAGUGCAGAAACAAAUAUUACAACUCGCAACAACACAAGCAGAGCUCCUGAAUGCGCAGGCUAAUCUCUCACUACAGGAUUUUAUAAUGCCGGUGAAAUAG